GUUUGUAAAGAGUCUAUUAGUUAGUUAACCAUUAACGACGUUGCAAGAUUGUGAAGAAUUUGAAGGGAACCAACAAGAUUAGAGAACGGAAAAAUGCGCCAAUAAGGAUGUGCCUCGUUUCCAAGUGCUGUAUAAUGAGUUAUGACCUCUUCGCCGUCAUCCGUUUGUCAACACGACGCCUUCCGACGAAGACAAAUAUCUCCUAAUCUCUUCUUCUCACCGCCAAAGCCAACAAAGAUCAAUUCACAAAGUCUCACUUCCAUGGCUACUAUGAAUCUAAAGCGUCUCUUUUUCUUCCUCUUCUCGACCUCAUUGCUCCUCCACGAAUCUACCGCCUACCCUGCUACUGCCAGUUCCAUUGUCGAUCCCUCCAAAGUCAAACAGGUCUCAUGGAAGCCAAGGGCAUUUGUGUACCAAGGGUUUCUCACGGACUUGGAAUGCGAUCACUUGAUCUCCCAGGCGAAAUCGGAGUUGAAGAGAUCAGCAGUUGCUGAUAAUUUGAGUGGGCAGAGUACGCUGAGCGAAGUUCGAACCAGCUCUGGUAUGUUCACUUCAUUCCCAAGGGAAAGGAUCCGAUUGUUGCUGGCAUUGAAGAAAAGAUUGCAACUUGGACUUUCCUUCCAAUAGGUUUGCCAUUUUCCCUAAUCAUACACGAUCGAUUUUUGUGUAUCCCUCAUUUCAUUCUUUGGUUCAAGUGCUUUACUUUGGCUUGUGGUAAUGUGAUGAUGAACUUAAACCAGUGAUCUUAGGACUAGCCAAAUGGUUGUUGUUUCAAUUCAGGUUCAUUUUGUAAGACAUAUUUGACUAGUGGAUGUGUUGUAAAUUGUAUAAUUUAUCAGGUUGGUUAUUACUUUGGGACUUCUAUAUAUCUUUCUUUAUGGUGCCUUUUUCCUUGUAUACUUGUAUUAGGCAUAUAUAAGUGGUUCUUCAGCUUCAUCAUUUCUCUUUCUUUCUCAAACAAUGGGGGAGGACAUUCAGGUGUUGAGAUAUGAGCAUGGGCAGAAAUAUGAUCCUCAUUUUGAUUACUUUGCUGAUAAGGUCAACAUUUUCGUGGUGGACACCGUGUAGCAACUGUGCUCAUUUACCUUAGCGAUGUUGAGAAGGGCGGCGAGACUGUGUUCCCUUCUGCAGAGGAACCUCCACGUUGUCGUAGCGUUGUGAAAGAGGAUCUCUCUGAAUGUGCUAAGAAAGGAGUUGUAGGCGAGCUUGUAUAGACGUAACUUAAGUGCCUUGGUGGUCAUUAAACUAUGAGUGCUUGUAGUUAAAGGAUCACUGACUUGAAAAUCUUAGCAUUGAACUGAAUGGCUUGUGACAAAGCAUUGAUUCUGUCUAAGUUAUCGAUAAUUUGACUAAGUCAACAUGCCAAAUAGUUUUGACAUGCCACCCCGCCCGGUUAGGAAGCAUCCCCACGCAACUUCCACACCCUUUUCCAACUUGAACGCAAGGUUUGUGGGCUGGGGUCGAGUUGGGGGCCAUGUGACCUAGCCCUUCCAAACUCGUGGAUGGGUUGGUCAUGUGCUUUUGCUUGUAAGGUUGGGAGUAUGGUUUGUGGGUUAAGACCAAGUGAUUACUGGGGUGCCGAUUAGGGUGAUUAUGGUCGCAUGGCGAAUAUAUUUGGCAUUUGCUGACUCAUCGGUACUAAUGGCAAUUUAGAUGGAAGGAAACUGAUUGACUGUUUUGUUGCAGUCUUGCAGAUCACAUAGUUAGUGACUAUUCAGGCUUUAAACUCGUACAAAAUGAUAUACUUGAUCUAUACAGAAUAGGUCAUUAUGUUGUCUCAAUUUGUUCUGUGUGUCAAUAACCUUUCCCCAAAGUUUCUGCAUCUCAUCAUCUCAGCUCACUAAUGUCUUAAACUAUAACACUGCAGUGAAACCACGAAGAGGAGAUGCACUGUUGUUCUUCAGCCUCCUCCCAACAGCCAUACCGGACACCAGCAGCCUCCAUGCUGGUUGCCUGGUGUCGAGGGUGAGAAAUGGUCCGCAAUAAAGUCGAUCCACGUGGACUCAUUCGACAAGAAUUUAGAGGUUGUUGGUGGGAACUGCACAGACCAAAAUGAGAGCUGUGCAGCUCUGGGGGGUGCACGAAGAAUCCCGAGUAUAUGCUGGGUUCAGCUGAAGGAGCUGUAAGGCAUGUUAGGGAGAGAGAACCCCCACCACUGGCAUCACUUCCCCCUUUGUAAUCUAGACAUGAGGUUGUUUCCCUCCUAUAAUCUUUUUUUGAAGGUGACAUCCUGUUUCUAUGAUGAACCUCAAGGUUGUUUGUUGUAGAAAAAUGUUUGUAGAUUGUGUUGGAUCCUCCCGUUUUGCUUACUUUUGCUGGAGUUUCUAUCAUACAUGACGAUGUGUAUAAGGAUGGUACACGAUUCAUUU